CCGCUUGGGGCGCUGCUGUACGUGCGCGGCUUUACGGCGACGCGAGGACACACCUGUGAGUUUCUCAACGUUUUCGUCUUAAAUAUCUACUUCUACUUACACCACCGUUUCCGCAUUCGUCGAUGAACGAUGGAGGGUUACGAGGACGACGACGACACACACUUUUGCAUCAAGUGUCACUUGACGAUACACGGAUUGGAAAAUUACGUUCGUCAUCGUCAAUCAGGAUGUCGUCCGCCAGAUGACAAAACAGAAACCGCACGAGAAUCGCCCUCCACGCCAACGACGAUCUCCUAUCCUGAGAUACUGAACGCAGACGCUUUCUUCAGUUCGUUGGAAUUACAGAGCAGCUCGAAAUCGAAUGCCAGACGUACGAACACUCUAUUAGAGAACAACAGAAAAGAAGACAAGAAGAACGAACGCCGAAAGAAAGGACAGAAAAAUCAACCGGAUACCGAGGAUUCCAAAGAAAAACUUCACAGUAUGUUACCCGGUGAUACCGACUUGGACGAUUCCGAGGAACAUCUCUGCAUUCAGUCUUUCGUUGGGUUCACCGAUAUCGUUACUUCCUCGACGCCCAGUAAAUCGACAAGUACCGUAGGUGCGAGUAAAUUGAAUCAAUCGAUUAGACAUACAACGAUGAACAUCGAAGGAUCGAGUUUUCCGAAUAAACACGAGCCGGAUAAUUCUUUGGAAGAUCUUGUCGCUGAAUCGAAACAAACAGAUAGGAAAAGGCCGGAAGAAAAUCCGAGAAUAGAGCAGGAUCAUCAAACGUGGUUAGACGACACGAUACUGGUCGAUCUCGAUGAAAAUAAGGAUUUGGCUAGGUACGAGGAAUUCGUAUAUCAGGAGGAUGUUGAUUCGGACGAUGACAUGUUAGAUGAGGAUCUCGCCGAAGACGAAUCUUAUUCCGAGUCAGAUGACGGUGAAGAUCAGGAAAGACCACCUAGAGGACACACAGGUGGGAAAUGGAAGCCUGGUUUGAAUGAUCUUCCUCAAGAUAUACCUCAGCUGCAGGAUGACGAAGUGGAAGUCGAAGAGGAUCAACAUUCGGAGCAUCCACCGCCCACUUAUACAGGUGGCAAGUGGAAACCUACGGAAUCAUCUCAGAAAGUCGAGGAUUAUCAGGGGAAGAAUACGGAGGGACAACCACCGCCAGAACAUACGCGAGGAAAAUGGAUACCGGGUGCGCAAACGGAUAUCGACUCGGGAUAUUGGUGCAAUCCUUGCGGCAGGAAGCUUGCGUCGCGAUUGGUCUAUAACAGGCAUCUUCUCUCUGAUUUGCACGCUCGAAGAAGCAUUCGAGAGAUCGACGAUGGUGUUCAUCUACCGCGUGACGCAACCUCGACGAGGAGAAUGUUAACGCGACGGCAAGUCGCACUAGCCGAGAAAAGUAAACGUACAUCCGAGGAUAAAGAAGUCAAGAAGAAUCCUCGUAGAAGGGAGAAAGAAGUACUCUCCUGUGAGAUGUGUCACGCUCGCGUGAGAAAAGCUCAAAUGGGCAAACAUUUGCUUUCCCAUUACCAUUGUCGCGUGGCGGGAAUAAAUCCUCGAGGUCCAAAGGCGCGUCGGUUUCUCUUGGAGAACAUGGGGAACGUAGUUCGCCAGUGUCCGUUUCAAUGCGCCGCUUGUCGUUUCUAUUGCAACACUCAGGAAACGUUUUUAAUUCAUUGGCGCUCGGAUCUUCAUACCAAGACUUUAGAAAAAAUCAGUGGAAGUUAUCGAUGCGGUUCUUGCGAUUUCUGGUGUGCGGACGGAGACACGAUGGAAACCCACUUAUUAAGCACGAGUCAUUGUGACGUUGUUUCAAUGAUGAACGGUUCGGUACCGGUGGUAAUCAGUCGUCAACAAGCAUUGCCCUGUGGCAGCUGCAACCGUCAAUUCCGAUAUAAUCUGCAGCUGCGACUGCACGUCAAAGAGACGGGACACAAGGAAAGCUUCACAGCAUCGGACCAGUAUCAACGACGUAUCACUUGCAACAUGUGCCCCCAAGUCGUGAGGUCCUUGGUAUCUCUUCAACGCCAUCAGCUAACCUGUCACAUUAACAAGGAAGACGAAAAGAACGAAUUGAACGUUUCCACGCAACCAACGCCUUACUUCUGUUCUUUUUGUUCGAUGAACUUUGCGACAGCUCAAGAAGCCGUACGUCAUAGAAGAACAUCCAAUCACAAGGAGAUUGUUAAAGCCCAAAAAUCCGUUUCCAAAGAAAAUUCCGAAAGCAUGUUUCGAGAUUGUCCGCAUUGCGACGAGAAACAAUCGACUCUCACGGAACACAAAGAUCAUCUUCUUGAUAGACACCCUGACUUGUGUCACAGGUGUCCACAAUGCGGAAUACUCUUCGCUCUUUCGCAAGACGUAACGAGACACACCAGGGACAAUAAGUGUAGCAAGACAAAAGAAGACACCGAGCCUAACACAACGAUUGUUAGGGUAGAAUGGAUAUGCUCAAUUUGUAAUUUCUUAACAGAUUCUCAAGCGGAAUUCAUCUUUCACGAGGCUCUCCAUGAGGGUAGCGUUCAAUCGAACAAAGACGAAGAUAAUAAUGGCAAGUCGACCGUCAAAUAUAGGUGUCCCCUCUGUAAAAAAAUCUUCAGAAAAGUAUCUCUAAGGAACCACAUCAGAAGUCAUACAGGUGAACGACCAUUUUCAUGUGCCAAAUGCUUCGUAUCAUUUGUAAGAAGAUCUGACUUGAAUGCUCAUCAAAGAAAUUGUUCGUCGACUGACUGGCCAAACGAGAUUCGUCGAAAAAGAAGUUUUACCUGUUCGGAAUGUAAUGGCGCCUUUUACACUAAACAUGCAUUACGACAACAUAUGUAUAGGCAUGCCGGUAAGAAGUACAAAUGCGGUCUUCCGGGUUGUCCUACGGUACUCCGCACAGCUUCCGAGUUAAAGUAUCAUCGUUCGUUGGUUCACGACAGCACGUCCACUAAUAGACGGUUUCCAUGCGGCCAAUGUUCUUACGCGGCUAAAACGAUGAGUCAACUUCGCAGGCAUCUGGUCAGGCACGAGGACUCAAUGAGCGAUGAGAAACUUGGUUAUCAUUGCUGUCCUCACUCCGGUUGCACUUUUAGAACCAGAUUCGGCUUUCAUCUAAGACGACACAUGCGGCUACACACGGGUACCAAGCCGUACAAAUGUCGUUAUUGUGCUUACGCCUGCUACAGUCUGACAGGAGCGAAAGUAAAAUUAAAAUUCGGUUAAGGCUCGACAGAUCGAUUCGCUAAUUGGGCAGAAGGUCAAUUAAGGGAAUUUCGAUGUUUCGAGAGAGUAAACUCGAUCUUACCUCGGACAGAAAAAGUCCGAAUCGUUCAGCUUGUCCGAUUUUUGUACGGCGAACGAGCCCGUGGGCGUAAAUUAAGGAAAGUACACCUUAACGUUUGGACCGCGUCGAGUUCUCUGCUGGUGCCGGUACCGCCACAACCGUUGCUGCCACCGCCACCACCGACGCCAUCGCCACCGUCGCCACCACCGCCGCCGCCGCCGCCGCCGCCGCCGCCGCCGUCGCCGCCGCCGUCGCCGCCGCCGCCACCGCCGCGGACCGCGAUAAGAUAACGAGUUAAUUGUGCUCACUGGAUGCCCACACACGCACGGAAGAAGAGGAAAGCCGGGCCUCUCUCCGGUCAUACCGUGCUGGCCGGUAUGCUAAUGUCCUUUGAAGCUUUAGUUGGGAUGCGACUCGCAUACGAGGGCUCCGUGUCUCUUUGAUAGCGACAUAAACUCAUUCCAGUGGCUCUCAUUUCGAUUUACUGUUUGCCAAGGAAACUCUACGACCCGGUUGUAGUACGUUCGCGGUGGAUUCCGGUCGCUCGGUCCACGUUAAAAUCGUUCGCCGUUAUGUCUUUGCUCGCGUACUUACCUCCGUCUCUACCUCUCCGUCUACCAACACUAAUACAUUCAUAGGUUAUUCUACUACUAAUAGUAUCCACCUUCGGACGCCCAUAAAAUGCAAAGAUGCAUAUCGGUGGCUCGAGAAACAAUGUAAUAAAUAAUAAAAGCCCGUCGCCAUUCUCCUCUAUCGGGAUCUCUCGUUCAUUCUCGUCGAGAAUGUUUUACCGAUUAAGAUAAUGGAAUUACUCCGAUCAUUGCGCGCUUUAGCCGCGGAUAGAUCGAUCUACCCUACCUCCUCGCCGCUACUGCAGCCGUGCACCGCUUAUCUCGAACUAAGCGAGAGACGAUCUAUGUUUCUUAAACGCUUGACUUUGAUGCUAUCGACUUGUACGCCCUGCUACCGGUCGUUAAUUUUCGAAUGAAAAAAGAAAAAAAAAGAAGAAGAAAAGAAACGAAAAGGAAAAAAGGAAACGGAGGAACGAUCGUGAAUGUAAAAUCGGCUAAUGUUUGCCGAGGGAGAAUUUCUUGGAUUUCCUAUACGCGAGCUUAUGCUCGACAUUGAUCUCGUCCAAACGGAGAAAUCACGCUAACGGUUGGUAUCUCGACGGUACUGAUAUAAAAGCAAAAUCAUAUUAUUCACUUUCGAAGAAGGAGAAAAAGGAAAGAAGAAAUGAUAUGGUUGGGUGCGUUUAGAACGAAGGUAGAUUUGUAUUUAAAAAGAAAACAAAGAAAAAGCUUCGUACAUUUAUUAACCGUAACACGUAUCGAUAUAUAGUUUACAGGAACAAUCUUUAUCUUCGAUUCGUUGAGAAACAAUUCGAUUCCUAAGCAAAUCAAAAUACUUUGACGGUCGGGAGAACAAGAUCGGACGUUUAAGAUUUCUCGUUUAAAGGACCAGCUGGAUUUGGUGAUAAGUAUACGAUUCGUUGUGUUAAAAUCGAUCGAAGGUUCAAGGACGUAUGACGAGGUGUAACAAAAAAUUGGAAGAAUGAGGGAUUAUAAAGGGGGAACAAAAAAGAACAAAAAAGAACAAAAAAUCUUCAGCAUCGAUAGCACGAUCCACCUCGUAGGAUCGUAAAAUAAUUUCACUGGUAGGUCUGAGGAUAAAAGGGAAAUACGAGGGGCACGCAUCUCCGUGGCUGGAAAGAAUAUCGGGAGUCUCGCGACGAUGGCUGCUUACUCGGUACUUUAAUAAGGAAGAAACGUGCGAGCAGCACGCGGGACGAUUUAACGAGGAGAUUCCCUUCCAACGUGGCGGUCGGCUAGCCUUGCGUCAACGAGAUUACACGCGCCACCUUCCCCAUCUUCCUUCCUUCUCUCUCUCUCUUUCUCUCUCUCUCUGUCUGUCUCACUCACUCACUCACUCACUCACUCACUCACUCACUCACUCACUCUCUCUCUCUCUCUCUCUGUCUUUGUCUUUCUUUGUCUUUCUUCCUCUCUCACUCUCGCCAUACCUUUCUUACUUUCUCUACCUUAUGAUUUACUUCGGAUAGUUACACGCUUUUUUCUUCGUUGGGCUUCCUUCUCUUUUUAUCUUUUAUCCACCCUCCUCUCUCCCCCGCCCCAUCCCUCAGCCCCGUUAACAUCUUCCACCUUCUCUGAAGACUCGUGCAACGUCAAGAAAGCUCACGUUCCUCUUUUUCAAGGUGAUAGGUCUUAAAGAAUCUCUAUUCGCGGCCGCUGUUCUCUCCUCGCUUUCAUCAUCGCUACUACUACCCACCGGCUUUUUAUCUCUGAUUUUACCUUAUUUAUUUUAUUCUUUUUUUUUCCCUCUAGCGUUAACCGCGUUAACCACGGUUAAUUCCGGUUGAGGUAAGAUUAUUUUGCAGGAUUAUUUUCAGUGGCCAUUUCUCUCUCUCUCUCUCUCUCUCUCUCUUUCUUUUCUUUUCUUUCUUUUUUUUGCCUUCAUAAUAAUCGUCGUCGAGGAUCUUCGUCGGCGUUGUUAUCAUCGUUACCGUCUUUCAACUUAUCGAUGCAGGUAAGAUACCCUUAUCCUAUAUUCCUUAUUCCAUCGUAGAAUUUGAUCGGCUUUAUUUAAGCGAAUCGUUAAAUAAUCGAUUCGAUCAUCGCGGGUGCAUUUAAUUAACGAAAUGCGGCACGGCAAAAAGGGCCACUGGUCCGCGAUGCGUGGAAAUCAUCGCGAGAUCGAAACUAUUCGCGAUAAUUCAGGAAUAUUACGAGAACGUUUACGUCAGGGAAUAAGGCGCGUCGGAUGGCGAAGAGGAGUAUGAGGAUACGUAGAAAGGUAUCGAGAAGGUUUCGGGUAGAUGUUGAAAGGAACUGACAGCGAGGAAUAAGGUACGACUAAGGUCUCUGUAAUUUUAGUGUCAGAUGAAGAAACUCGUAAAACGGGGAACACGAGAUGCCUAUGGACAACAUCUGUUCUCGUGGUAUUGCACCGAAUCCGAAUAAAUAAGUAUCUAAGGUAACUAGGUAUGCGUGUACGAUAAUAAUUCGAGAGUAGAGAUCGAAGUUCUGAAGAAGGUGACUGCGAGAAAAUGUUUAUUCUAUGUUCGCGUGUCUCGUCGUCGUUGAAAGGGCGGCCCCUCACCUUACCUUAUUUUCUUUUGUCGGGAGAUAAGAGAAAGAGAGAGAAAGAGAAAAAAUGACGGGCAGAUAGAGAAAAAGAAAGAAAAGAGUGAACAGCCGCCCUCGUAGCGGUGUGAACGAGGCUUAAUGCGGCAGCGUCACGGAGCGCUGGUCGCGCCGCGCGGAAAGAUUUACUUAUGGGAAAUUAAAUUUGAUGUUGCCGUUGCCAUCAACGGCUCGUAUAAGCCCGCCUGGUAGGAAGAUGUUUACGACUACGGUCGGCUACUUAGGCCGAGAGGGUAAAGCGCCUUUAAAUGCGCCAACGGCAUGGCCAACGAACGCGUCCGGUUUUGCACACACCGGCAAACAGAUUCUCAGUUCUCUUCUCGCUCCUUCAGGUAUUCCUAACUAAGAACGGAAGGACAGAAUUUCUUAUUUUUCUCUUCCCUUUCUCUUUCUUUUCUCUUUUUUGUCUUCCUCCCAAUGACGUCCUCCCUCUUCUUUUCUCGAUCAUAUCCUUGUACCAGGAGAAAGCAAGCAGUUCUCGAAGUAGGGAUAUCGAAUUGAUGUCUUUUAUCGUCUAAUAAGACGCAAAGUGAGUCCGUAAUCUGUUAACUUAGAACGCGAAUUUGAUAAGAGCCAAGUUGUAUUAGUAUGCCCGUUUACUAUCUUCUAGACGAUAAUAGUAGGUUAUAUGAGGUUGUCGCGGUCUAACAAAUUUCAAAUUUAUCGGUACUAUUUCGUACGGAAGACAAAACACGUAUAGGCGUUAGCGAACGUCUCGCGAUUAUGGUUCGGAAAGGUGAUUUAAAUCAGGCAGCAUGACCGAACACUCUUGACUGUCGUUUCAUCGUCACUUUCGUUCGUGCGAAUCGCCUCGUAAGUUUCAGACUGGAUCAUUGUCCAUUAAAGAGCUAUGAAAAGCCUUUACAACGUGGCUCCUUACAUUUGCAAGCUUUAUUUAUGACUCUUUCUAAAACGCUUGUAAGAACACCCAAAUGCUCCAAGUAUUUCGCUCCUUGUCUCUCUAUUUGUUUUCUCGUUUCAGGACAAUCUGAGAAAGCACAUACUCUCGAAGACUCUUCAUCCCGGCAAGACGAUCUACGAGUGCGACUUUUGCGCAACGGAAACAAACGAAACGUUUUGCACGAAUUUCGCCAAAGAAUUGCGAGCUCAUCUUCUUGACUUGC